AUGGCCACUGGAAGUCGCAUCCCCGAGAACUACGAAACCCUCACUCCGAUCCUAAAAGUACCUGUUUCCGACACAUUUGCUGUACCAUUAUCACAGCAAGGCCGUAUUUGCGGUUUCUUUGAAGCACAAUUCUAUCGCUGUAUGGAAGCGUAUGGAGCGAAAUUAGGGCGUAAAUAUUGUGAUCUUGAGCAUCGCGAUUUCAGAGAAUGCUUGACAGGGGAUAAACAGAAAAAAGUGAGCUGA